AGUACUCGAUCUCACAAUCAGAGAAUCGACACUAUAAAAUGGCAGGCCCACCAGUUCGUCAGAGGUACAAUGCAAAAGCAAGGGGAUCAGUCGCAGGUGGAUCCUCGCACAAGAAGAGGAAGAACCUCAGCAAGGAGCGCACCGAGGAGGACGCCCAGGACAACGAAACCGACCAGCAUGCUGCUGUAUUCGAAGACCCAACCGCUGGCAUGUCUUCAAAGAAGCGAAAGCGUUUCGAGUCUUAUAUGGCCAAAAAACUCAAAUCAGAACAGCGUCUCGAAACCUUCAAACUUUUACAAUCCCUCGCACCCUCUUCCUCCACAUCUGCUUCACUCCUAUCAGCAUCUACCCUGGGCCAAAACCCCAUGAAUCCCACUAGCGCAAAGGAAAGGCAGGAGAAGCGUGAAGAUCGCCUUGUGCGUAGGGGAAUUGACCGAUUGUCUCGACGGUUCGGAGAAGGAGACGAUCAUAGUGGAGAAAGUGAGAAUGAUGCAUCGAGUAGAAAAGGCAAGGGAAAAGCAAAGGAGGUCACGGUUGAAGUUAUUCGGGACGGACAAGCUGAAGAGACAGAGGAGGUCAAAACCACAGUGAUACCCUCCAAAGGUGAACGGAAGGCUGAGAUAAAGGCUGCUGAAAAAGGCAAGGGGAAGGGUAAGCUUCCCAAGAAGGCCGGAUGGAAUCCCAACCUUCUUUCUACACAAGCUCCUAAUUCAUCAUCAUCCGAGUUUGACUCGUCUGACUCUGGGAAUGAUAAUUCCGACGAUGAAGAACCAAAGAAGGCAGCUGAACCUUCUCCCAGACUUGAAGUUGGACCAGAGCCAGUCUCUGAAACCAUAAAACCGCCGGUAUCGGCCCCCUCUGCUCCUACUGUGCUAGGCGGGGCUCUCAAAAAAUCGACCGAUGGGCAAGUCGUGAAACCGAGAGUUGAAGUACGGCGGAAAAAGGGCUUUGUCUAUGGUAUGUUUGGAAGACGAGGAAUAGAGCACAGAGAAGAUUCAGAUGAUGAGGAUGAGGAUGACGAGGACGAAGAUGAUGCGGAUGAUGAUGAUGAGGAGGAGGAAGAUGAUGACGAGAUGGAUAGCGAUGAGGAGGCCAGCGAUGAAGAAGACGGAGAAGACUCGGAAGAGGAAGGCAGUGAAGAGGACGAAGAAGAAGAAGUUGCUCCCCCCAAAAAGAAGCGAUCGCUUGGUUUCAAGGAUUGGGCACUUAAACAGAUGGGUCAAACAUCACAGCCUUCUGCACCUGAUCUCCUCGCAGCUGAGCCGACUACAACAUUAUACAAGUCUCAACCUUUACUUGCGGCCCGGGUCGGUGAAUACAUUGGUCCUCUUGGCCAAGAGCUUGUCAUUCCAACGACUUCUCUUCUUGAUCAAAGUAAAGACAGUGACAAGUCCAAGGUCCGUCCAAACAUCUCUCGUCGACCUUCAGUAUCUGAGACAAGGAUGGGGUUGCCUAUUCUUGCCGAGGAGCAAUCCAUCAUCGAGUCGAUUUUGAUGCACCCCGUGGUCAUUAUCUGUGGUGAGACAGGUAGUGGUAAAACGACUCAAGUGCCCCAAAUGCUUUACGAAGCUGGAUUUGGAUACAAGGGUUCAGACAAUCCUGGUAUGGUUGCUGUCACUCAACCGCGUCGUGUCGCCGCCGUGUCACUUGCUGAGCGAGUCCGUUCCGAGCUCAAUCUCCCCCCGAAUUCAUCACUUGUUGCGCAUCAAAUUCGAUACUCUUCCACAACCUCGCCUGAUACCGCCAUCAAGUUUAUGACGGACGGUGUCCUUUUGCGAGAGCUUGCAUCUGACUUUUUGCUCAGCCGAUACAGCGUGGUUGUUGUCGAUGAGGCGCACGAGCGAGGUGUCAACACAGAUGUCCUCGUUGGUGUGUUGAGUAGAGUCGCUAAACUUCGAGAGAAACUGUGGCGCGAAGGCAAGCAAGACGUGAAGCCUUUGCGUAUCGUUGUCAUGUCCGCUACUCUUCGAGUCUCCGACUUUGCCGAAAACCCCACAUUAUUCUCCAAACCUCCCCCUGUAAUUCACAUUGCUGCCAGACAACAUCCGGUCACCGUUCACUUCAGCAGACGUACUGUCAGUGAUUAUGUGACGGAGGCGUACAAAAAAGUUUCCAAGAUACAUGCAAGGCUGCCACCUGGAGGUAUUUUGGUUUUCAUGACUGGACAAGGCGAGAUCCAAGCAUUGUGUAGGAAAUUGGAGAAGAAAUAUGGCGCCAAAAAGUCAUCUCAGAAGACUCAAGUAAUCAACGAUAAUUCGUUGCCUCCAGAAGAGCGCGAAGCCGAGGAAGUUGAAUUCGGAAAGGAUGAAGAUUUGGCUGCGGACGUCGAUGAUGGGGCCGCAGAGAGCGAUCCUGAGGCCCUUGAUACCGACGACGAGAUUGAAGGUAUCCCAGGCCUCGAAUUUGAUGAACCUGCAGACGCUCCGCUGCAUGUUCUUCCUCUUUACUCUUUAUUACCCAAUGACCAACAAAUGCUCGUUUUCAAACCGCCUCCCGAGGGCCACAGGCUCGUCAUCAUCUCUACCAAUGUAGCUGAGACGUCUCUUACUAUCCCCGGCAUCCGCUACGUCGUUGAUUCUGGCCGUGCCAAAGAGCGACAUUAUGAUCCCAUCAAUGGUGUGCAAUCAUUCCAAGUCUCCUGGAUUUCAAAGGCUUCGGCUUCUCAACGAGCUGGCCGUGCCGGUCGUACAGGACCAGGUCACUGCUACCGUCUCUAUUCAUCCGCUCUCUUUGAGGAUCAUUUUGAGCAAUUCUCCAAACCCGAAAUCUUACGGAUGCCUAUUGAAGGCGUGGUCUUACAAAUGAAGAGUAUGAACAUCGAUGCGGUUAUCAAUUUCCCAUUCCCUACACCCCCAGACCGGGCAGCCCUCCGACGAGCAGAGAAUCUCCUUACAAACCUCGGUGCCCUUUCGCUUCCUACUUUGACAAAGAUGAUCAAUGGCGUGCAACACAAAGGUUCAGGCGGGGGUCAGAUUACGGACCUAGGCAAAGCUAUGGCCGGGUUUCCUGUGUCACCGAGGUUCGCGAAGAUGCUGGCUAUUGGUACCCAGCACGACUGCAUGUCUUAUAUCAUUGCUAUAGUGGCGGGUAUGUCAGUGGGCGAUCCUUUCAUACACGAACAGUCGCUAGAGGUGGAUGAAGAGGAAGAUAAAGUCGCUGAGAUUAGCCAUAUUAAAAGUGAGGAUAUCAGGGAGAAGGAGCAACGGAAGGAGACAAGAAGACGGUUUUUCAAGGCGCAACAGCAAUUCCUGGCGCUUGGACAGGGUACCAGCGAUAUGUUCAAGCUCCUCGCGGCCAUCGGCGCCUACGAGUUCGACCCAUCGCCUGCCUUCUGUGCAAAGACUUUUAUCCGUCUCAAGGCAAUGCAGGAGAUACAUCAACUUCGAGCUCAAAUAUCCUCUAUUGCCAAAGUACCGCUUUCGAAAUUGCUUCCGCCCAGUGACACUCAACUGAAGGUGCUUCGUCAAAUCCUUGCCGCCGGCUUUAUUGACCAGGUAGCUGUUCGCGAAGACCUCGUAUUGAAGAAGGGUGUCUCGUACGAAUCUACUCGCGGGGUGGCUUACCGAGCAGUUGGACUGGGAUCCGAGCCCGUUUUCAUUCAUCCUUCAUCCGCCCUCUUCCAUUGUGCUCCUCCAGACUUUGUCGUAUUCUCUGAAAUUGUCAGAACCAGCAAACCGUGGAUGAAGGGCGUAACCAAAAUCAAUCCUAUCUGGUUACCUAGUCUUGGGAAGGGCCUUUGCACCUUCUCCAAACCAAUGGAGAUGCCGACAAAAGGGUUUGCUAGAAAGAGUGGUUUAAAGGACGACGAAAGAGAAGUGUUUGUCACGCCGCAUUUCAAAGACUUGGGAAUUGAUCUUCCGGUGAUGAAGAAAAAGCAGAGGAGAGAAGGAACCAGGUGGAUUUUGGUGGAUUGAAAGCCUUUUUGUUUAUGACUAGAAUCAAACAUUGCACGACCACUAUUGUACUACACGCCGUUUGCUUUCUGCAUAAUGCUACUUUACAUAAGCCAAACAUGCAUCAUUUCUUC